GCGUGAGAGCAGCGCGUACUGCUCAGUUGACGUGGAGAACAGCUGGAGAAACUAAAAAAAGACGCUUUAAGCUGUGGCUAAAGGGAUAAAGAUGUUUUUUGGCGUUUUGCAAAGGCGUUUCACACGAACCUGGUGUUGGAGUUAAUGAGAUUUACAUCGUUUUGUUGAUUGAGGAAAGCAGUUCUGUGUCCUGAUGCACCGCGGAAUUUCUCUCCACAUGACGAGCCGCAAUAAUAAGGAGCUCCUGGAGGACGUCGUGUACAGCUUGUGGGAGCUGGAAACCGCCAGACGGAGACAGGAGAGACUGGUGCUGUGCGUCCUGGCAGAUGGAGACACCGAGAAAGAGCACGAGACUCUGAAAUGGCAGCAGAAGCAGCUCCCGGAUGCCCCCGGUGGUGUGAUGGCGGUACUGCAGCAGCACCUCAGUGAGAUGACAAUGCACUCCAACACAGAAGGCAACCUGGACCACAUGUCGAGCUCAGGUUCUUACGAGCAAAGUGAAAUUCAGUCUUCAUUAAGACAGUCGAGAUCUUCUCCAAGUCUUUCUUUCUACAACCACAGAGGCAGAUCGAUGGAAGACACGUACAUGCAGGACUGGGAGGGUCAAAGGCCACGACACUUGCAUGCUUUUCUGCCCCGUUCACUCUCUGCCCCGUACUCCCCUUUAGAGGGCAUCGCAGAAGGAAUUGAGGAUGCCGAGGAUGAUGACAAUGGAUCGCUGUGGUCAAAAGGUCAAACUCCAAAUGGAGAGGACGUGAAUAAACCUGACGUGGCUCCCAUUAUUCAUUUAAAUGAGGAUAGUGGCCCCAUUGGGAUCCAUUGUGAUCAUCAAGGUCCCACUGUCGAGGUGGAUGAGGGCCCCACGGAAGAAGACAUUCAGCAAGCCAUGCGUGUGGAGACCUAUAUUUUGGGUCUUCUACAACGCUAUAGCCUCAACCAAACACUCUCCUCUACAGAAGUCCUCAGUUGUGCUCCUGAUCACUGGCAAGAACUACAUUCUUAUCCACCUGACUACUGUGAUCAAGCUGAAAAUUCAGAGUGGCAAAAAUGGGAAAUCUUUAGUGAUGAAAAUACAUUACAGGAUAGGUACUAUGUAGGAAAUGAGACUGAUCUCUUCUCACAGGCUUGCAAAGAUCCAAGCUCCUCCAUAGACUUACCCACUAUUGUGGCUGAUAUAGAUUCACACUGUAUUAAUCAUCCCUGUGUUUCUUUACCUUUAACUUCUGAAUCGCCCAAGCAAGACUGGACACCUAUAUCUCUGGAACUGGCACAUCAGCUGCCCUUAGGCAGACUGUAUCAGGAGGAAAGAUGGUCAUCGGUCGGGCAGAGGCAUAUAAAGACAACCAACCAGUCUCGAUCUGAAGGUAGCUUCCAAUCGCAAGGAUUUACCAAUGAACCAGAGCAUGGCUAUCACACAAUGGGGUGGGAUACAGACAUACACAGUUUCAGUGAAGAUUAUAUGUCCAGUCAGAGACCCUGGAGCUCCACGGUGGACCUCAGUCAAGAAGAGAAGGCGACGUUGCUCAGAGCAGAAGAACGACUGCUCAGAGACACACACCUACCUUUUCAGAUCAGCCCAUAUUUGUGUACUAAGUACACUGAGCAGGACCACCACAUUGGGAAUGACUCAAAUGCUAGAGGAACUCAGGGAGAAGGAUCUGACUCCAGUUUGAGUGAGACAUGCUCCCCAGCUUCCAGCUCAAAGUCAAGUGACUCAGAUGACAGUGGGGGCCUUGUCUGGCCUCAACAAGUGCCCCCAUAUGUGCCUUCUUUCUCCCAGAAUGCACCUACUGCUAUAGUCAGGAUCAAAGCCUCGCAUGCACUAAAGAGGAAGAUCCUGCGUUUCCGCUCAGGCUCACUAAAGGUCAUGACCACUGUAUAG